CGGUACAAGACCUCGUUCAAGACGCGGUACGGGCAUUUUGAGUGGGUUGUCAUGCCUUUUGGCCUCACCAAUGCCCCCGCAACUUUUCAAGCAGCUGUGACGACGGAGUUUCGCGACUUGCUCGACCGCARCGUCCUCAUCUACCUURAUGACAUCUUGGUCUAUAGCAGGAYGUUGGACGAGCACAUCACACACCUUCGCGCUGUUUUGAAUCGCUUGCGACUGGCCAAGUACAAAGCGAACCGCGACAAGUGCGAGUUCGCCAAGCAAGAGCUUGAGUAUUUGGGCCACUACGUUACGCCGAAAGGCAUUCGUCCCUUAGCGGACAAGAUCCAAGCCAUCGUGGAUUGGCCGGAACCCCGUUGUACGACGGACGUACGCUCUUUCAUGGGAUUGGCUGGAUAUUAUCAGCGAUUCGUCGAGUCAUACUCGAAAGUGGCAGCGCCUUUGUCGAGACUUCAGUCCCCGAAGGUGCCCUUCGAGUUCGACGACGCAACCCGUGGCGCGUUCACUACGUUGAAGGCAGCGAUGCAAGCCGCACCUGCCCUCCGUAUAUAUGACCCCACCCUUCCGACCCAAGUGACUACGGACGCUUCGGGAUACGGUAUUGGUGCGGUGUUGGAACAAUGUCACGGGGACGGUUGGCAUCCGGUCGAGUAUUUCUCCCAAAAGGUGCCUCUCGUCAACACUCUCGACGAUGCUAGGAAGAAAGAGUUACUCGCGUUCGUCACUGUUCUCAAACGGUGGCGCCACUUUCUUCUCGGCCGUCGGCGUUUUAAAUGGAAUACGGACAACAAUCCGUUGACCUUUUACAAAACGCAGGAUACGGUCACUAGCACGAUCGGUCGAUGGAUGUAUUACAUCGACCAGUUCGAUUUUGACCCGUGCCACAUUCCCGGUCCCGCCAAUCGAGCCGCGGACGCCCUCUCACGACGGCCCGAUUUUUGUGCCAUUGUGACCACGGCAUUCGACCUCGAUGACGAUCUAUAGCCGAAUUUCGUCAAAGGCUACAAGUACGAUCCGACUUACUCUACGCUUUACGCGG